ACAUCGUCCCCUGUUGGCCAGGCUGCGAGUUGAAGCAUAUAGCUCAUGGUUUGAUCCCUGCUGCCUCCAUUGCUCCCAAACCAGCCGUACCUCGUACCCCUCCCCCUCGCAGCCCAAACCCUUCACCUGAGAGACCCAGGUCAGCUUUAGCAGCAGCCAUUUUAUCAUCCUCACUCACUGGACAGACAUGGGCCAUACCUCCUGCCCGGCUGAUGUCUUUAUCCGAGAGUGGUCAAUCAGAAUCCUUCACAUCUGAGCCAAACAUCAGCACAGCACUUUACACAAGAGACAGAUGGUCAGAAGAUUUGGUUAGCCGGCCACGUCUGUCCUCUCCUGACCAGUCAGAGGGGGAGUUGGAAGACAAGGAACAGGAAGUGGUGGAUGAAGAGGAUGGGGAGGAACAUGUCUACCACACUCUGGACCGAAGGCAGAAUUCUUCACUCACCGAAUCUGUCUAUGCUCUGCCACUAAAAACUAAGUCUGUCUUCAAGUCCUCUACACCCCUGCCAACUCAGACUUCUGGCAGAAGAGAGUCUUCACCAGAUUUCACUGAGGAGACCAGUGGCCAAUCCCCAGAACCCAAAGAGAAGAAAAUGUCUGUGAGGAAGACUCUUGAAAAUUGGAAAGAUGAUGUUCCAACAACACCGACCAUUUUCACUGCUGGUCACCCCAGGCAAGCAAGCCAAGCCAAAAGCCCCAAAGACCUCCGUGAGCUUCCUCCAGAACCCAGCAAUACAUACAGUGAACUGCGGAAGAAGGUAGUGAGGGACCGUCGGGAAAAGAACACAAGGAUGGUAGACAAAGAAAAGCUACUAGAGGAGAGACUGCAGCGCCUGGAACGGGAGAUUAGUGACAGCAAAGCCUUCUCAAACCAGAGGUCCUCUGCAGGCAGCCAAGCAGAGCUGCAGAAUUUGAGGCAACAUGCUCAGGAGCUGGUUGAUGAAAACGAUGCCCUCAAACUGACAGUUCACCGUCUGAAUGUGGAGCUGAGCCACUACCAGGCGCGGUUCAGACCACUGUCCAAAGAAGAGCACUCCAAAGUCAGUGGCUUACCAAACACGGGGUCUCCUCCUCCAUGGCUGGUCGACAUGAAGUAUUUAUCUCCUCUACUGCUGGCUUAUGAAGACAGAAUGAAUGAGAAAGAUGCCAUUCUGCAAACCACUGAGGAAAACAUGAAAAAGUUGCAUUUUCAAUUAGAGGAAGUCAUUAAAGAAAAUGAGAAACUCCAUGAUGAAAUUACCAAGACCGGAGCGGUCAAUCAGAAAGACUGUUAUCAAAUUCAACAACAGGCCGUUCUGGUUUUGCAGGAGAACCAGGAUCUCAUCAAUCAACUCGAGGAGCAGCAUGCUGAGGCCAAGGCCACUCACAGCAGACAUAACACUGAAGUGGCAAAAGUGUCUAAGAAACUGAUGUUAUUAGAAGUGGAAAACCAGCGUUUGGAAGGGGACCUGGAAGAAAGCAGGAGGGAGGUGCAGAAAAAUAAGAAGGAGCUUCAAGUUCUGCAGGCCCGCCUAAAGGAUGCAGUCACCUGGGACGAACACUGCAGCAUUGCUGGAAAACUGAGAAGACAACUGGAGCAGCAUGAGAGCAGAAGUAAGGGUGAAAUUGACAAACUGCUUCUGAGAGUAUCUAACCUCCAGGAGGAGAACAGGAUUCUAGCUCUGGACAAAGCCCAGCUAACUGCAAAAACAAGGGCAAUGGAGGCUGAGCUGGAGCUCUCCAGGCAAUCCAACAGGAAGGCUGAAAGAAGAAUGAGUAUGUUGAAGCAACAAAAGGAAGAGUGUGUGUUAAAGGAGGAAAAGACACGGCACUACCUGGGAGCUGUCAUUUCUGUGGCAGAACACAUUUCCCAGGAGAGAGACCAACUAUUACACAUGGCAUCAUCUCUUCAGCAGGAAAAGCAGAGAUUCAUCAGCAGGAUUCUCAGUGGCACAGUUCGAUUUGGAAAACUACAAGAAGAAGUCAAAGUGUACCGGAGCCAGGCGUCAACCAGACUGGCAGCGUUGGAGGAGGCGGUGGAGGGGAGGACAGUGUCUUACCAGACGGAGAUCCUUCACCUGCAGACGCUGCUGAGAGAAAGACAGGAGGCAGAGGAGAAACUGCUGCAGUCCAAACGGGAGAUAGAGGAAGAGCUGGAGGUGGUGUGGGAGGCAGCAACAAGGGAGAACCAACAGAUGAGGGAGACUCUUUUGGAUUCCAAACUCACUGGGGACCUCCACAGUUGGCCUGCUCAUGCUCCAGAUGAGAUCACUACAUCCUCCCAGCAGCAGCAGCACAAGCAUGGGCUGGAUUUCUAUUGCUGAAAUACCUAGAGCAAUAACCUGCAGGUGUGCCUGUCUGCUCAAAAUAGACUGCUCAGAUAACUGUCAACUUGUUAUCAUGUUGUCAGCCUGCAGACAUCCAGCAGCUUGCCUUUGUGUCAGUUUGUUGUUCUAUCUGAGUGAUACCUGAAAUCUGUCUGGUGGAUGGAAAUAUUUGCAAUACAUGGACAGAAACAGUAUUCACUUAACACAGUCAAGCUGGUGAGGAAGACUUGGCUUGGGCACUAGUGAUGGAAAGAAAAGCAUCUUGGAUAACUUUUAUUUCUAGAAGUGAAUGACUUUUGUAUAUUUUAGCAUAUAUUUGUAUUUUUUAAAUUAUUAUUCUCAGGGUUUUAUAAAACAUGCAAAGUAUAGUGCCAUACAGGAUAGUGAAGAGUUGCAAGUGGCACUCUGUGGUUAUUACUUUUUUUGUUGCUAAGCGAAGGUUGCCAUCUGCUGGACAAAUGUAGUAACAGCAUUUUUUACUGUCAUGUAUUUGCGGGUCUACAUUUUAUACAAUGAAUGAGAAACGCUUUCCUGACACUGUUUGAAUCCCACAAAAUUAAAACGACAAAAGGGCACAAUUUUUUUUCAUGUAGAAUUGUGCAUAUAUACGCGGUUAUUUACAGACUUUUUACAGACCUUGUUUUGGACUUGCAGUUGUAUUUUCAUUACACAAACAGCAAUGUACUGACCCUUCAGAUACCAUGUUAAUA